CCUGGACCACAAGGAGGAACCAGAACCAGCUGGCGGUGACGGUCCCCCAAAAGCGGGGGAUCGGAUCCGGAGGAAGAAAACUCUGAGCUGCAAACGCUGCAGGAAGACGUUCAGCACGGCGCCGCAGCUCAAAGCUCACCAGGCCGUCCACGGGGCCAACGCAGGGAAAACCUUCCUCUGCUCCCAGUGUGGCAGAGGCUUUUCUUUGCAGCGAAGCCUCGACAAUCACAUGAUGCUUCACACAGGCGAAAGGCCACACGUCUGUGAUGUUUGUGGGAAAGGGUUCACCCUGAAGCAGUUUCUCAGAACCCACCAGCGUCUCCACAACCAAGUGCGUCCGUUUCAGUGCGAUCAGUGCGGUAAAACAUUUCACCAAGCGCGCGGCCUGAAGCUGCACCUGAGGGUCCACACCGGGGAGCGUAGCUACAUCUGCCUGUACUGCAACAAGGCCUUCAAUUUGGCAGGUAACCUGCGGCGCCACCUGCGCAUACACACCGGGGAGAAGCCGUACAAAUGUGAGACUUGUGGCAAAAGCUUCAACCAGGGGGACACUCUGAAGAGCCACCGGCGGUUACACACCGGCGAGCGGCCCUUCAGCUGCGACACCUGCGGCAAAAGUUUCGUCCAGAAGAGCACCCUGAAGGUGCACAAGAACACCACUCACGCCGAGCACAAGCUGAACUGUGUUACGUGCGGCGCCGUGAUGACUUCCAUCAGCUCUCUACGCAAACACCUCCAGACGCACGCCACGACGAUUCCGUGCGCGUGUACGAGCUGCGGCCUCCAGCUCAGCUCCAUCACGGAGCUGCACAAGCACCAGCGGCGCCACACCGUGGAGCAGCCUCACAGCUGCAGCUUCUGUGAGAAGAGCUUCAAGUCUUACAGUUACCUGAGGAUUCACCUGAGGGCGCACCGCGGCGAGAAGCCGUUCGCCUGUGAGAUCUGCGGUCGCGUGUUCACGCAGCAAAGCAGCCUUAAAUCACAUAAGGUGAUCCACACCGGAGAGAAACCGUUCAGCUGCAGUACCUGCGGAAAAUGUUUCAACAACAUGGGCAACCUGAGCAGACACCAGCGGAUCCACACCGGAGAGAAACCGUUCAGCUGCGACACGUGUGGCCGCCGCUUCAACCAGAGCAACAGCCUGAAGGCCCACCAGCAGAUCCACACCGGAGAAAAACACUACAUGUGUGACAAAUGUGGGAAGAGCUUCUCCUACCUGAGGAACCUGAAGGACCACGUGUGUUUCUACGCCUGA